GGAAAUAACGGCGGGAUGGAGGUGGACGGGGCAGGCGUGCCGCAGGUGAUGGCGGGGGGAGUGACCGGCAGCGUUUCCGUGGCUCUGCACCCUCUGGUCAUCCUCAACAUCUCCGACCACUGGAUCCGCCUGCGCUCCCAGGAGGGGAGGAACGGACAAGUGGUGGGGGCUCUGAUUGGGCGCCAGGAGGGCCGGAACAUCGAGGUGAUGAACUGCCCUGGGAGCGCCAAAACCAUCCCAAAAUCACCCCAAAAUCCCCUAAAACCACCCCAAAACCACCCAAAAUCCUUCCAGAACUCCCAAAAUUCCUAAAA